AUCUUUGCCAAGACAAGUUUGUCGUCCUCGUCGUCUGCUCUGAGCUACUGGACCCUGCCAGGAGCUCCAGGCCCGGCUGGGUCCCAUCAUUUUGGAGUAGCACCUUCAGACUAGCCUAGAAAGCACCGAACUCCAGUGGUCAGCGGAGCCAUGGAGGAGAGAGCUGCUCAGCGGGAGCAGGAAAGACCCAGUCUUCGUCUGGAAAAGCUACAGCACUGGGCAAAGCACAGGCAGAGCGGGCACCUCUUGGUGCUGGCGGUGAGCCAGCUAUGGCUGGCAGUGGCUGUGGUGCCCUUUGCUAUCUCCGUUGCCUGCAUGAACUCUGCCUGUCACAUGGCCACAGCACUGCCACUUGGGCCUGGAGCAUUGGGUCUCCUCACUGCGAUUGUCACUCUUGAGCUGCGCAGAGCACCCCGCCUCUGGAAGGUGCAGGCCAUGAUGAUACUCAACAUCUUCAGUCUGAUCUUGGGCUUCAUCGUGGUGGUGGUCGACAUAAUGAAGACAGCCUUGGGGGCUGCCUCAGCUGCCCCCUCCCAGCAGGCUGGCUUGCUGGCGGUGGAGCUAGGCACUGAGGCCUUCACCCUAGGGGGAGUGCUGGUCUCGGCAUACUCACUAUUCCUGCUGAGCCAGAGGAAGCCGGGAUGCUGCAGGAACCGGAGUCUGCUCUACCAAGAGCUGCAGGAGGGUCUGUCUGAGUUGGAGGAAGUUGCUGCUUUGGAGAAUGGUACCACUGUGGCCAGCACAGCAAAUGCAACAAAUGAGUGAGCUACAAGGGCAGGCAAGCAAGUCCUGCUCCACUAACCUGGCAAAGGGCGUUGUCCAGGCCCUCCUGCCCCCCACCCCACAAAACUCAGAAGCUAGAUGGAGUCCUCUGAGACCUACAUGAAGUCCGGUGGAGUACCUUCAGUUUUCAUCCAGAGUAGGCCCCUUGCUCUUCCCUUCCCCACAAGAGGAAGCUAUACCUAAACCGGAGCCUUCCCUCACCUCACUGCCCUGAAAAGCUGCCCUCCUGCGGAACAUCCUUAAACCAAUUUUCAGCUGUACCCACUUCCUUCCAUCUUUCCCCUCCAUACCCAUCGCCUCCCCAUAUAGCUUCACAUCUGCCUCGUCUCACUACUUUCUCUUCUUUCCACCUCUCACAAUCCCAUCCAACUCCAAGCCCGGGGUCCCGCACAAGCCCAUUCUCAGAAAUCAGUUCAUGGGUGCUUUAGUUUUCUCCCUCCGAGCCUGUUCCUUUCUACUCUAGCGAAGACUACAAGUCCCGGGAUGCCCCGCUGCCUCCGUGGCCUGAUGGGAA